AGGUACACGUAGCCCAGCAGGAUGUGUCCGCCGAAGAUGGCCGCUGCGGGUCCGCGACACAUUCCUGCUCUUUUGUGAGGAGGUACAUUUAAUCCCGCGCUAUCGGACGGCCGUGCUCUGUCUCUGGAAGCAGUUUGAAAGCGUUUCAAAUCUGUCUCCCAGACAGCUGAAUUCUGGAGUUAAGCUUGUCUCAUCAUAAAGAAGGCGCAAUGAUGCAGCCCCCUCCUCGUACGGCUCCGCCAGGGGCGGUUGGCCCUCCGCCGCCAUCAACAGGAGUCCCCAACGCUUUCCGGCGCCCCAGGGCCCACAAGCAUCCAGGGAGUGCAAUUGUAAUGCCAGGGCCAACUCAGCCUGUCAUCCCCAUGACGGAUCCCUUUGCGUUUGGUCUGCAAGCCCCAUCUGCUGUUCCUACUGCAAGCCACCCACCCACCUCCAACAGCAGCCCUCUUCCUAUGCAGACUCCACCUCCUGCCAGCUUCCUGCAGACUGUCCCAGCCCAGAGCCAGUCACCACAGCUGCAAGAAGGUGCACAGGCCCCUCAUAGUGUGCCACUGGUUUCAUCUUUAUCCAGUCAAACUACAGGGGGAAACACUUUGACACCCAACAUUGUUGGGUCUUCGGCUCCACCUCCCUAUACUGUUGCGGGUUUCAGUUCUCCUGGCACAGAGGAAGGGUAUUUCAACACCAAGGGAAAUGUCUCCAACAUAAUUCCAGGAGCCCUGCCUCAUGGUUCAUCUCCUACUCAGAGCCGACCUCCACAUGGGCAGGAUCCUGCCUUGUAUGUCCCCUCUGGGCCAAGCUCUGUGGCGUCCCAUCCCACGCAGUGGAUACCUGACCAUGGCAGUCGUCCACCUUCUGUCCAAAACUACUUCCAGCCUACCACUGAUCAUUCGUCCCAGGCUCUUGCCACCCUAUCUUCAGCUCAAGGAGCUUUGCCGGAUGCCUCUUCUCACGAUCCUCCUCCGGCCCAUUCCCCUCAUGGUGUUCCCAUGGUCCCCUAUGCUCAAGCUGCUCAUGCUCCUCAAGCAACGUUUUCCCCACAUACUACCCAGGGUGCCCCUUCUUACUCUCCGUCCCAGAAGCAGUCUCACUCGCUUCAUCCAGGAUCCAUCAGCUCUCAUGGAACACUUAGUGGUGCAGGGAACUCUUCUGAACACCACAAUUCUCAGUUUCUAGCUCAAAACUAUUUCAGUCAGAACUGCACAGCUCUUGACCCUUGCUUUAACCAGCCCCAACAAGAGCAGUUUUACCACCAGAUGGCUGGGGGUCCAAGUAGUCAACGACAUGAGUCUGCUCAUUCUCCGCAAGUGAACCCUCCUAGCCACACAGGCCCCACUUCGUAUGUCACUGAUCCUGGCACUGUCUCAAUGUUUUUCAAAGAAAAUGAUGUGGAGAAUGAAGAGACGCUCACCGGAGAAAGGAAGGCUGUAAAUGGGGUUCCGAGUGGUGAUUUGGCCAUGCCGUACUUAAAUGACAGCGGGUUUAUUGGUGGCAGCCCGAAACUUGAAGGAAGCCAGUUUGAUCAUGUGGAGAACUUGGAAUGUGUGCCCAACCAGGAGGUCUUACCCAACGAGCCACACAAAACACCACUGUUACCCCAGAAUGUUGGUGAAAAUCUUAUGACAGGGCAGGGCAGUGCCACUGUCCAAGGUGGGGGGCAUUUUGAAACGGGGCCGAAUUUGGAGACUCCAGACUCCGUGCCACGGCCAGCAAGACCCGAGAGUGUUUCAUCAGGCUACAGCAACGUGAGCCACGGGAGUGUUUCUGGGGCCCGAAGGCCUCAGGGUGUGGUUGGUACCUUCAUCCAGCAGGAGGUGCCAAGGCUUUCCGAAGAUUCCUCUGCAGGGUACUUUGAACAAAUUGACACGUCCCCUGCUGUUGAGGCUGUGCCACAGAAUGCGCAGCCUCGGGUUGGCCAUGGCCAGCCCUCCCAGCCCCUGACGCCAAGCCCCCCAAAGCCCACUGGGAUCUUUCAGGCCAGUGCUAACAGCUCCUUUGAGCCUGUUCACUCUCAUAGUGUGGGUGUCAAGCCCUUUGAAGUUGACCAGGCCAGGAUGGUGGCAGAAAAGAAUGGCAGCGGACUGGCGAGGGUGAGUGUUCCGGACAUAUCUCCGGGAAACCUUGAGCAGCCGCCCGACAACAUGGAGAACAUCUUCAUGGCCCCUAUGCACCACCCUGGUGGUGUGCCACCUGAAAGAAGGCCCUCAUCCCGGGCACAUGGUGCCCGUCUGAAGUGUGAAAGUCCUGCCACCACACUCUGGGCCCAGACUGAGUUACCUGUUGUAGGUACUAACAUCAUGCUGGCCCCUGCAGCCCCACCAGUACUUGGCCCAUUGAAGCAGCCUAGCACAGAGGUGAUCCAGCCCCCUGAAGAUGGCCCCCUUGACCUGCAGGCAACCCAGGCUGACCCGCAGUCCUUCCAAAAGCCUAACAACUCCAUGGAGAACCUGGAGAAUCCGCCAAAAUUGGGGGAGACUGGCGCAAAGAGCCCCCAGGCGAGUCUAGGCUAUGCGUCCCUUCUGGUCCCUUCCCCAGCUGCUGAAUCCUUCCAGAAUCAGCCCAUUUUGAUUGCUCCUCCUGCUACAAAUUACAAUGUGAUUCCACCAAAUAAUUCUACCCCAGUGGCAUACCAAAUGGUCUGUAAUGAAAGUGUGCAGAAUCCAUUGCCUGUACAUCAAUCCUCUGAGUCAACUGCAAAUACAGCAUCAGUAGUCCCUCAAAAGACUAAUCAUCUGGAGCACUUUGCUUCAUCAGAUAAUUCUUCUGAAACUUUAUCUGGUAGGCCUGCUGUGAAUCAUUCCCCUCUAGACCUAGCCCCAGAGAGUAGGCAUAUCCAAAAGUCAGAUAUCCCACCUAUAACGUCAACUGCUGGAUCCUCUAAUCCUCCUUUUUCUAGGCCUGAUUUGCUUGGGUGUCCGAAUCACUCUGCACCCAGUGUUAGUUCUCACCCCCCACCUGCUGCUGAUAAUCACAAACGGCUUACUAAUUAUGAGCUCCUAGAUUUUACCAUGCAUCAGCCACAGAACAGCCAAAACUCUAGCUCAGCUACUGGUGUGCCUUCUGGUGUUUUCCAACAAGCUCCACCUCCAGCACCAGGAUCAAAGCAACAAGGGCCGGUCAGUAAUGCCUCAGAUUUUUACCGGCAGGUAACCAAAGAUGCACAGCAGGAAAGGUGGCCUGAGAACGAGCCCCAGCAGUCCUGCGACUCCGGUCACACGAUGCGGCCUGCCCCAGACUCUUCCCAGAGGCCUGGGAUGCAGUCCGGUCUUCGUGUCGAAUCUGACGCCGCUCACAACCAAGCCAAUCGAGGUUCUCUGCAGAAUAACCAGUACCCUCACACGCAGCCUCCAGGGGCUGGGGUGUUUUUUCCAGGCUCUGGGGGAGCUCAGCCUCCACCCUACCCUCCUCAGCCAGGUAGCUCCUCUCGACCCUCCUCAGUAAUGGGUGGGCAGCUGGGGUAUGGCGGGCUUCCUCCGAUGCCAGGACCAAUGUUUGGAGGUUACUAUGGGAGCACCUAUCCUGAGUACAUGGAUGGCAGGCCACCGUACCCUCCUCAGUAUCCUCCAGCUGACCCCAGAGCACAGCAGUAUUACCAGGGUGAUCCAUACCAGAGGUAUGACCAGCGCUACAUUCAGUAUGAAGGAGCCAACCCAGGCUACAGGGAUGCUGAACGGUACCAGCCCAGGGAGCAACCAGAGAGGUCUAGUUCCAGAGCCAGUCAGUACUCUGAUCGCCCCUCUUCGAGACAAGGCUAUCCAGACGACUACCAGCGAGCCAGCCGAAGUGGCUGUGAUGGUUAUUAUGCAGACUAUUACAAGAAAACAUAUGAAUAUGGAGAUCGCCGUUUGGAACACUAUGAUCCAUCAGCUGCUUAUGACCCGCGGUACAGGAGCUACUACGAUCAGUCCUAUUGGUACAACUACGAGCAUCCAGCCUACAGCUUCAGGGAGAACUACUACAGCCAGGCAUACCCUACCAGACCGGAGGGAUACAACGAUCCAUGGCGAUAUGAUCCCCGGUACGAUGCAAGCUUUGAUGAGGACUAUGGACGCCAGCGUGACCCAUAUGGUGAUGAGUAUGACCGACGGAGUGUGCACAGUGAGCACUCAGCCCACAGUGUGCGCACUUCUCACAGCCAGCACAGUCGUAGGAGCAGCUUCAGCUCCCGCUCUCAACAGAGUCAGGUCAGCAGGAGUCAGCAGGACCUUGUUUCAGCUCCAUUUGACCCCCCCAGCCAACCCUCCCUACCUAUGGUCUACCCCAACAACGUGGAUGGUUACCAGUACCCAGCAGACUAUUAUGGAGGGGGUGGGUGGCCUGCUAUGGAGCAAAUGCCACCCCGGCCAUUGACUCCGGAGAAGUAUACAGUACCACAUCGGUGUGCUAGGUUUGGCCCUGCAGGUCAGAUGGUUCAGGUUCUGCCAAACCUGCCCUCAGCAGGGCAGCCCACGUUGGUGGAGAUCUACAGUAUUGAGAGCAUGCUAGAGAAAACAGAGGAGCAGAAAGAGCUGUGUUCCUUCCCAGGGCCUCUGGUGAAGGACGAGACUCACAAGGUUGAUGUGAUCAAGUUUGCUCAGAACAAGUCCCUCGAGUCCCUGCACAAUGACAGUCUGAUUGACAAGGAUUCUGCACAACUCAUCUGGGAGUUCAUUGUGCUGCUGUGCAGGCAAAAUGGGACUGUAGUUGGGACGGACAUUGCAGACUUGCUGCUACGGGAACAUAAGUCUGUAUGGCUGCCAGGGAAGUCUCCCAAUGAGGCUAACCUAAUCGACUUCAACAAGGAGCCACUGGAGCGGCCUGACGAUGAGCCAGGGUCUGGUCCACUGUCUCUCCUCUCUGACACAUUCAUGAGCGUGCCUGACAGUGUCGGCAAGGAGACCGAGCGCUUCCGGGAGCUCCUCCUUUUCGGCCGUAAGAAGGAUGCUCUGGAGUCAGCUAUGAAGAAUGGUCUCUGGGGACAUGCUCUUCUUCUUGCAAGUAAAAUGGACAACAGGACUCAUGCACGUGUUAUGACUAGGUUCGCUAAUAGUCUUCCCAUCAAUGACCCUCUGCAGACUGUCUACCAGUUAAUGUCUGGGAGGAUGCCUGCUUCAGCCACAUGCUGUGGGGAUGAAAAGUGGGGGGAUUGGCGCCCUCACCUAGCCAUGGUACUGUCAAACCUCACACACACCCUGGACCUUGACACACGAACCAUUACCACCAUGGGAGAUACCCUUGCUUCCAAAGGGCUCAUUGAUGCAGCUCAUUUCUGCUAUAUGAUGGCUCAAGUUGGACUUGGCAUCUACACGAAGAAGAGUACUAAGAUGGUCCUGAUAGGCUCAAACCACAGUUUGCCAUUCUUCAAAUUUGCCUCCAAUGAAGCAAUUCAGAGGACAGAGGCCUAUGAGUAUGCACAGUCCCUAGGGUCUCAGCCCUGCUCCUUGCCCAACUUCCAGGUCUUCAAGUUCAUUUACGCCUGCAGGCUAGCUGAGGCUGGACUCUGUGCGCAAGCCUUCCAGUACUGUGAGGUCAUCGCUAGAUCCUUGCUCAGCCUCCCAUCUUACCACUCUCCUGUGUUCAUCAGCCAGCUUAUACAGAUAUCUGCCAAGCUGCGAUUCUUCGACCCCCAGCUAAAGGAGAAGCCAGAGCAGGAGCUUUUCAUUGAGCCUGAUUGGCUGCUGCAGCUACGCCAGCUGGACAGCCAGAUUAGAGAAGGAGUAAUCUCCUAUAGCACAGACAGGACAACUCCCCAGCAGUAUGUGUGCAGCACCCCCAGCUCUGAGUUUGAGCAGCCUACUCCACCUGACCCAGUGAGAUUGCCAGUAAAUAUGAACACAGGUCCAGAGAACCACCUCAUGUCCACACUGCUUCCAAACCCAGGACCACCGCUGCCAGGGGUGCAGCUCAUGCCUCCAGCACCUCCUACCAUCCUUGAUGACAGCAUGGCCUCUGUAUCCCAGGUUCUACCCAACAAUGAUGGAGUCCCCUUCUACCCAAUUCCUCCUCACCUUGGAUCAGUUCCUGGUCCAGUUCCUGGCUCAGUCCCUGGUCCGAUUUCAGGCUUAGUCCCUGUGCCCCCUGUCCCUGGCCAGACACAUGGUGCCCUGCCUUCCGUGCCUGGAUAUGACCUUCCAUACCAAGCUGAGCAGCCAUAUUCUACCGCUGCAACACCCUCAGGAGUGGCUCUUGUGGAGCCUCCUUUUACCCUCCAGGACCAGCAGGUCUCCCACCAAAACUCAUCCCAACCUUCGUCACCCACCCGCAACACAUUAACAGAACAUUUGGACUUCUAUGACCAGAUGGCAUCCAUGGUUCCUGGAAAGAGAUCAAGAACAACGUCACAAUCUUCAAUGAAUAUGGGUGUAGGGUUGCGGUCCCGCACAACCUCGGAGUCCUCCAACCUUUCCACAGGACGAGAACGAAGUAAUUCUGCUGCAAAACCAUCUCUCCCCGCUCCUGAAUCCAUUCCAGAACAGCCCAUUUGCCAGGAAGAACCCAAAAAACGGAAUAAAGGCUCUCCCAAAAAGGGCAGUGGUAGCUGGCUGGGCUGGUUCUAUCGCAGGGGAAGGAAUGAGGCUCAUCUGCCUGAUGACAAAAACAAAUCGAUUGUUUGGGAUGAGAAGAAAAAGAGAUGGGUUAAUCUGGAUGAACCAGAAGAGGAGAACAAACCACCCCCACCGCCCCCAACAUGUUUCCCAAAAGCAGCUCCCCAAAUGGGGCCUGGUGCUCCACCAACUAGUGGACCGCAAGUGAACAUGUUCUCUAGAAAAGCAGGCACAAAGAGUAGGUAUGUGGAUGUCUUAAACCCAGGAGGGUCCAGCAGCAAGCUCAGUGGGUCGGUCCCUCCCCCAGCUGAUCUCUUUGCACCUUUGGCCCCAAUGCCCAUGCCUGCAAAUCUCUUUGUACCAGGAGGAGCUUCAGAUGAGCAGCAGCCCAUGGAGGGUAGUGUUCCUGAUGCAAGUGGGUCUCAAGGGCAGGGACUUCCCAACCCAAGCACAGCAGCACAGACAUCUAACCAGACACUUUAUCCACCUGGCCAUAAUGGGGCACAAGUCACUGAAGGGACUCAGUCAGGGGAGCUCUCGCGUUCUAGCUCAAUGAGUUCUUUAUCACGCGAAGUGAGUCAGCAUUUAAACCAGGGUCCUCCCCAGCCGUCUGUCCAGGGUGCACCACCUUCUGGAAACGUGACCUUCUAUAACCCCUCCCAGUUUGCACAGCCAACUGCUCCUUCAGGAGGAGCCCGACCAGGACGGUUUGGUCAGAGGAAAUACCCAACACUGAAGUAGAUGCUGGCAACUAUCAAAAGGACCUUCCCUUGUCCACAGCAGACUGUCACUCAUUAAUGGCACCCAGUUCUCCAACAAGAGGCUUUUUGCCAAGUUCUGCACCUCUUUCAUCCAGCAGGUUAUUUUUUUUCUAGACAAACUGCCACCAAAUGCCAAACAGUCUGUUUCCAUUAAUUUCAACAUACCUUAUUUGAUAGUUUCCCCAUUUUCUUAAUUUGGAUAAUCUCUCACCAAAAUGUUCGGUGCAUGGUAGGUAAUAUUUGCAAUUGUUCUAUGGACUUGGGAGUCAGUUUUUCUAUGCUGAGUCAUCCUGCUGGUUUUAUUUCCUUCUUGAGAGCCUGACUGAAGAGUCAAUGUGAGAAUUAACAUAUGAAGCACCAUCUCUUAAGAAUGUUCAAAGCAGCCAUGCAUUCUGGCAGUGGCAAGCUGAAUUUUUAUCAUUUUGUGAGGGUAAUGUAGAGAAAGUCAUUGAAAACCAGAUGCCCCACCCACCCCCUUUGGACUGAUAAGACAAGGCAGUUUCACCAGUAAAGGCAUUCAGUAAAGGAGUUGUAUACUCAACUGGUUCUGUCUUCUAUAACUGGUAGCUACAGUUUCACCAGCUGCUAUUCACUGCUGUCACCCAGAUGAGCCAAGAUGGUGUUUAUUCAGUGCUCUCAAUAGUGUCUUUUCCUUUCAGCUUGAUGUCCCCGAGUGGCCAAUAAAUCCUUCUCUCUUUCCCUUCUGGGUUGAUAUGGUCAGAGAAGUGAAAUUAAGUAAUUUUUUAAAAUUGUUUUGAAAUAUCAGAUACUGGAUUAAUUUCCUUCUAAACCUCAGUACCUGUGUAGUUAUGGUGGUCAAGCAUCUUUUUGAGAGAAGGAAGAGCCCUCAAGGUUUGUCUCAGAGCCAAACAAUGUGAUUUUUUUUUUUUUUUUUUUUUUUAAGUGCAAUAUUUGUCUCCUCUUUUUUCCCCCAGUUUGUCAGACAUUUCUUUGAGGCAACAGCCCAGCAGAAAGAAAAGAAAUUGGUUUUUGUCUAGGCUUCUAUAACUUUUUACCCUUGGGGUGGAAGGGAGUGUUGGUGUUAAGAUAUUUUCCAGCUGGUCUAUAUCUAGCUGUCAAUGAUUGUGGUCUUAACGCCUAGCUGUUUAAUUUAAAAGCCUAAAAGCUAUGUCAGAUGUUAGGGGACUUGCCAGUAAAUGAAUUUUGCAGAAGGUUUCAAGACUGAAUGCCAUUUUAAUUCACAAAUGUAUCCAAAUAUUUGUAUAUCUGAUUCAGAUUGUAUUUAUGACCUGUAGUCCAAAGUGUGCAGAACUAAUAUUUGUAAUUUAACCAUUGUAUGCAGAUAAAAUAAUCUAGAUUAAAACCAUAAUGAUCAGUUGCAUUAUGUGCUUCAGCGUUUGAAUUACAAAAGUUGAGUGAGAAGCAAACUGAUAGUUUUACUCUAACCUCAGCCUCUGAUUAUAUUUUUCCACUAUUGUUUUCCCCAAGUCAUAAUGUACCCAGAAUCCUUCCUGUGCUAUAGUUCCUGAAGCUACUUUCAUGUAGACCAAGGUAUACUUUUAACUCGUUUCCUUUAUACAAAGGAGACAUCUUGAUUUUCCUAAGUGUUUAGAAUUGACACAAAUUCUUGAAAAAUCAAAAACAAAGGAAUAAAAUAUUUUUGCG